AUGGCAGUGGUGACUCGACCGUUUGGUGUUGUUCCCAGUGUGAGAGUCAACGGUCGAAAGGCGAGAUCAUCUCAAAAUGGCUGGACAGUCAGACGGGUGAUUGAAGUCAUCAAAACUCAAAUAUGCACGAUAGCAAUAUCAUUCACACUAUUCAACACGGUGCGGUUACCAAGAGAGGCCUUCAAAUAUGGAGAAGUACCGUACCUGGUCAUCUACUCGUUUUGGCUACUUGUGGUUGCUUUACCCACAACGCUAUUACAAUUGGCUAUGGGACAACUAAGCCAGCAGGAUGCGGUUGGAGUAUGGAGAGCUGUGCCUAUUUUACGUGGAGUCGGUCAUUUGAAAAUCCUGACAUCAUUUCUGUGCUGUGUCUACAGCUUGGUGUACACCUCGUUAUCCGCAGCUUAUAUGAUAUGGAUUGGGAAAGGAACAUUCCCUUUAAAGGAUUGCACCAAAGUUCAUAUAACUCCGAAUGGUUACGAAAACAAAAUGAAUGCAUCCGAAUGUUUUAACUCGACGUUUUUGGCGCCAUUCACUGAACAACCACAGUAUCUCGGUAUAAUGGCGAUUUUAAUAUUCGUUUUAUGGUUCUUUGUGCCCAUUAUGUUGUAUCGCCUUCGGACGACCCUGAGGAUCUCCCUGAUCGUGCUAACGCCUCUCAUCAUCACUAUAGCCGUAGUGCUAUGUAUAUUCCUAUCAGAUAUACGUAUACUAUCAAAUAUGUUAGAAUCUUGUGAACAUUGGAUGCCUUUAACCCAACCGUACAUGUGGCACAGUGCAUUGGUACAGGCGUUAUUAUCUACUCAGAUAGUUAGUGGAUACUUAGUAAGCGCUGGUGGUACUGUUUACAGAGAAUCUGACGUUCGAUGGACAUCAACUUUUAUAUCAAUGACUAAUCUAUUAACCGGCUGGUUAUCAGUAUUUAUGUGGCAGUCGAUUGGCGGCGAAGAAACAAAAGAUAAUAGUUUUAUUGCAAUUUUAGUAUUAAUUUAUCAGUCUUCUAUAUCAGAGAAGAGAUCAAAGGAAUGGCCACUGCUUGCGUUUGCUAUAGUGUUUAUAUCUGGUAUAAUUACAGUGCUUACACUGUUGUACCCUGUGUAUGACAAGUUGCAUCGUAUAGCUGGUGAUCAUUGGCGAGUAUUUGCCUGUGCUCUAUCUGCCCUGGGUACGGCCUUGACUGUGACUGUGCUAGCACAAGGCAUGGGUAUAGCAGCACUGUUGGACGAAUUGGUUGUUCCGGUCUUAGCAGUAUUUACUACCGUGGUCGAAAUUGUUGGAUUCGUUUUUAUUUAUGGGUGGUUCUACCUUACUGUUGACAUAUAUUUCGUAACAGGAUCAAGGCUGCCAUGUUUUUGGUUGGUAACCUGGUGGUCUACGCCAGUAGUGUUAAUGGGGGUGACAGGGUGGUGGUUAAGGGCUCUGCUCAGGAGUUCUUGGGGAGAAAGCCAAACAUUAUGGCCUUUGGGAGGGGUGUUUUUGGGGAUAUUAGUCGUUAUGAUCAUUAUGGCAGCAGUCGCCGUGGCGAAGGAGGAACAGUAUAAUUUCUUGACCAAAAUUGCAUCAGCGUUCCGGCCUUCUCGACUCUGGGGUCCAGAAGAACCAAUGGCAAGAUACGUCUGGAUGUCCCAACGAUUUGCAAACGAAAACGCUAACUCUGAACAAGAGUUUACCCAUGACACGAAAAUGUUUAAUCAUAUAAUGUCCAAAUAUCAGGAAAAAAGUAACAAAAUAUAUGAAGAAGAUUGGUUGCAUGCAACGGAUACUUACCAAAGUUCACCAAAAGUGUAUAAAAAAAGUGAUUUUAUAAAAAAUGACGAUACGUUGUACGAUGAUGGAGCAAUAUAUGCUAUCCCAACACCAUCGACUAAGAAAAAAAAAGUAGACGAACAAUUUCGUUCCCCAAACAUUUGUAUAGCCAAAGGAGAAUUAGGUGGAGCUCUUAAUUGUAGUUGCAACAGGCAUUUUCAGCUAAACGUGCCUGAUUUAAGAAAUAACGAAGUAUCGACUAGUCUA